AUGCCGCGCCAGCCGAGGAAGGGUGCUCCGCCUGUGACUAAGGUCACGGUCAACGAUGCUCGUGAGUCUGCGGCUAAAGGUCACCAUUCGGAGCCGGCGACGCCGAAACCGCUGCUGAAGGAAGUGGGUGGGCCUUUCGCGGAUGAAACGCGCAUCUCACUGGUGAAGAAACUGAACGCGUUGAAGUUCCCGUCCCCGGAGAAACUGUCUGCGGAAGGGGUUGACAGGGCUGAGGAGGAGAAAGAAAACGAGAACGCAGAUGAGGUGAUGCCGCCGACGGAUGCCUCAAGCGUACCUGCGGAAGAGGUGGACGAGGAUGAGGAAGAGGACGACGGUUAUCUCAGCGAUGAUCCGGAGGAGCGUUUUGAUCCGGUGAAGGCUGGGGAGAUCGCUGCUCGCGCCGGCUUCUCGAUCACGCUUUUGAUCCCGAUCAAAUACGAAGAGGAGGUGGAGCGGACCAUUGACACGGUCAAAGGUCUCUUGGCGCUGUGGAGGAAAUAUAUGUCGGCGCACGUUCUGACAACGACGAAGUGUCAGGUGCUCUUACCUGCCUGGCUGUCGAAGAAGCGUUACGGAAGGCUGCAGGUUACCUUCCAGCAAGCAUCUGACGCCAACUAUGCGUGGUGUCGCCGAAUCGAGCAUAAGAUGCUGAACGGCGGGGGUAUCUACCUUGUUUGGCAGCACCCGGAGAACCCGGUGUACAUCCUUGAGCGUGCGACACACCCGGACUCGAUUGAGGUCCUCCUGAAGAGUGUGCCGGCAGCUAUCACGCCGGAGAUGGUGUACGAGUACCUGGUUAAGACGGUGCUGGAGAAGCGCGGGCGGACCCCGUUUCUCAGUGGAUCUGCCUUUCAUCGGGUGGUGGAUCCCGUCACCGGCGCAGAUACGGACAAGAUUAAAGGGUUGGUCAAGGGCCAUCCGGGGGAUAAGUAUCGCUGGUGGCAUCUCCUGAUUGAUUCGGUCACCUUCAGGCUUGUGGCGAUGUACCUUCCCGCGCAGGCAUGCACCAGGGGAACUUUCUUCCGGAGCUGCCUCCCGCAGUUCGUCCAGGCGCAGCCGGCAUCUGCGCACCUGGUGGUGAUGGGAGAUUUAAACCUAGUGGAAGACCCUGACUUGGAUCGGACGUCGCAGUCGGGGUCGGGGAAAGAAAAUCAGAGGCUCCUGAGUUUUUGGCGGACGGCGGACCUCAGAGAUGUGUUCCGCGUUCUGCACCCAUCCAAGCUGGAGUACACUUUCCGGGAUAGGGCAACAGGGGCGAGCACGCGCAUUGACCGAGGCCUGGUGUCCUUCUCGUUGAUAGGGCUGUUGGCGGAGGCGAAGCACACCAAGAUACCGAAAGGAUUGUCGGAUCACUGGUUUGCAGUUAAGUUUGCGCUGGCGGCGGCUGCACCAGUGGACCAGGGCCCUGGACUGUGGAGGAUGCAGGCGAAGCAGGCACAAAGGAGAGGAGUCAGUAUAGUGACAGCCAACAUACUGAAGAAACUUGAAAGGGAAGAGGGGGUGGACCUGGGAAAGAAGCUGAAACUGCUCAGCGUGGGACUGAAGGAGUACUCGAGGGAAGAGAGGAGGAGGGUGAGGGCGACGGUCUCUCACCUUGAACGUGUGGUGGAGUUUCUCCGGCACAAGGUGAUGCGGCACCCUGGCGACAGAAGGGCGCAGAAUAAGCUGUUGUGCAAGGAGGCUCACCUGGACGCUUACUUGCGGAGUUGCAAGGACAGGAUGCAGGUUCUGGCUGGCAUCAGGGUGGAGCUCAAUGGGGAGGUCCCAUCUCCUUACCUGUCGGCGAAGAUAAAACUGCGGAAAAAGAGGACUGUCAUACGGGAGGUGUCGCAUCGGGGAACGGCAUAUCAGGGGACGAAAGAGGUUUUGAAGGCGGCGGCGGACCACUUCAAAUCCGCGUUCAGGAACGUGUUGCCGGAGGAGGAGGUUGACUGGGGUGUUUUCGCGGAGGGAGCGGCGUUCUCAGAUGCGGAAGCGGCCCUCCUUGGCGCGGACUGGCUAGAGGCGGAGGUCAAGGAAGCGCUGGAGAGUCUCCGAAAGGGAAAGUCCCCUGGGCAGGACGGGCUGCCGGCGGAAUACUUCAUCCUGCACUGGGAUAUGCUGAAGGAGCAUGUGAUGGGUUUUGUCAAUAACUUUGCAAGGACGGGGGAGAUGCCGGAGAGCCUCUCAACCUCCGUUACGGUGCUGCUGCACAAGAAGGGGGCGACGGACCAACUGGGGAACUACCGUCCCAUCACGCUGCUGUCAGUCAUGUACAAAUUGAUCACGAAGGUUAUGGCCUCACGACUUAAAAAGGUGCUGGGCAAGGUGCUGUCAAAGGAACAGCACGGUUUCUUACCGAGGAAAAGUCUGGCGGACGCAGUUUCGGUGGUCGCAGAUGCGGUGGAAGCUGCGAACAGCGGUAACGAAGAUUGGCUGCUGCUGUUGGUCGACUUCCAGAAGGCCUACGAUACGGUCUCGCGGCCUUUCCUCUUCAGGGUAAUGAAAGAGCUGGGGGUACCGGAGAAGUUCAUCAGUUGGACCAUGGGCCUGCAUGCAGAGGCAGGAACCAAGAUUAUCAUUAAUGGGUGGCUGAGCGAAAGGGUGGAAAUCAAUAGAGGGGUCAGGCAGGGGUGUCCUCUGGCACCUUACCUCUUUCUCUGCGCGCUGGAGCCGCUCUGCAGAGCUACGCAGCGUAAGGAAUUGGGAAUCGGGCCACCCGGGCAUGCGCCACUCUCGUAUGUGGGCUAUGCCGACGACACGUCCUUCCUUCUAAGCGGAGAAGAGCAGCUGCGGAAGGCGGUGGAGGUUUUGGAAAUUUAUGGCAAGCAGUCGGGGCUGAAGGUGAACUGUGACAAGUCGGGGGUAGUGCCGCUUGGCCGCAACAGAGGUGUGCCGGUGCCGGCAGGCAUCCCAUACAAAUGGUAUGAGCGGGAAGAGCCGGAACGGCUCCUGGGGGUGUGGAUCACGCCCAGCGGUGUUGCUGAUCCGUCCUGGAGGAAGGCAUACGAAAGGAUAAAAGAAGAGUUAAGAAAAUGGGAAGCGCAGUACCUCACGACGACGGCAAGGGUAGCGGUCAUCAGUUGCUACGUCCUGCCGGUUCUAAUGUUUCAGGCGCAGGUGUACUCACCACCGGAGGAUUUGUGGGAGAAAAUCAGGAAACUCUGCCAUGCGUUUGUCUCGGCGGGGGAAGCGGUGGAGGAGAAAAUCUUUAUCCUCUGGAGUGCGUAUCUGGCGUGUCUCCCGCGGAAGGACGGUGGUCUGGGGCAGCUGGACCCAAAGCUCUGCCUCGACGGUUUGGCGAUACGCAGAAUUGGCAAGUUGCUCGGCGAGCCGGAGGGCACGCGCCGGUGGCUGGCGGAGAAGGCGGCGGGUUUCCCGCAAGGCUGGGCUACUCUGUUCGCACACCCAUCUGCGGGGAAGCACUGGCAGGAAGGGAGUGAGAGAUGGAAGGCGGCGGUGAAAGUUUUCUGGAAAUCGCCGCUAUCGUCGUCGCCGGCACCUGCGAAUAGAUGGGAGGUGGAGGAGGAGUUUAUCUGUUUCAACAAAAACAUCAUGCACAGGGGGGACAGUCCUUUUGGGCAUCAGCUAGGCACGGCGGCCCUUCUCACUACGCGCGUAAGAGACCUGCUCACGAAUGACGCAGGAGGACGGAGGUGUUUGAAAGAGGAGGUGUUUCUGAUGAUAGAACUUGGGAGCAAAGAGGCGGCGGUUAUGGCACGGAAAGCCUACGGGGCUAUGCCUCCGGAGUGGAAAAGGAUGGUAGAGGAGCCGGUGUCGGCAGAAGAGGUGGUGGCAGCAUCAGGAGUAGUGAGGUACAUCCUUCAGGGUCAACCAACCAAGGUUCCAUGGGCGGUGAAGGGAGUUGUAGCAUCAAAAGUUGUCGCCUCCGCCAUGUCGCUCAACGAGGAUGGAAGGUGGGGGGAAGGCUGGAUUUCUUCCAGAACGGAAUCAGCUGCGCACACUGUGGGGGGGAGGAAACCCUAG